AUGUUUGGCCCUGGGCAGCUGGUCUCCACUCUUCUACCUGCAGUCUUCCACUCCUCCGCAGCUCACUUAUUCCCUGCGUUCCCCACCAGACUGGGCUCCCCUCCACAGAUCCUGAUCCCUGGGCCCCUGAUCAGCUAUGAGUCCCUGCGGAGUUACUUGCAACCAGAGCCCUGCAAAGAGGCUCUGUUCCUGGCCACACAGGCAGCUGGGAUGGGGCAGUUCACGGCCAGCAUGGAUGAACAGAGGCCAGUGAAGCAGCGUCGUGCGCGGGCCAACUACAGCAGCUGGCAGCUGGAGGAGCUAGAGAAGACCUUUGAGAACACCCACUACCCUGACGUCUUCAUGAGGGAAGCCCUGGCCCUCAGACUGGACCUCAUCGAGGCCAGAGUGCAGGUGUGGUUUCAGAACCGCCGGGCUAAGAUGCGGAGGCAGCUGAAGUUGCAGGGCCAGCUAGGAGAGCCCUUUCCCAGGAAGGACAAUGCCGAGGACACAACAACAGACAAACCCAACAAGAGCUUACCGGAGCUAGAGAGCUCUGACGGCGAGCACUGGGAGAGGAGGCAGGAGAAAGGAAGCUAUCCCUGGACUAAAGUACCUCGUUCUGCUGUGAUGACCACCCCCAUACAGGGUAUGAUUCAGGGGCCAGCAGGGGAAUGGGAGGGGCCCAGUCCAGAAGAGUUCCGCUGCUGUAGCAUUGCCAAGCUGAGGGCCAAGGCCAGGGAGCACGAGGCUGAGAUCCAUAGCACUGUGGCCAGGUCAGGAGGAGAAGAGACAUCAGCACUGCAGACACAAACACAGAACACUGACGACAGAGAGAGCAACUGA